AUGUCGCAAACUACGUUGUACGGCCGUGCUCGGCGACCUCUGAUUUCCGUCAUCGUAAGUAUCUGCACUCUGACAGCGAUCGGUAUUGAUAGAUACUUUGCAGUAAUGCAUCCACUGAAAGUAAGGGUCACCAAGAAUAGAACAAAGAUUGUGUUCAGCAUCAUCUGGUUAAUAGCUAUCUCCCUGGCGACGGUGCAAACAGUCUUUGUACGUGUUGAAGAAAACUACUUCGACGGCGAGACAGUAUACUUCUGCAGUGAAUGGUUGUCUGAAUUCCAAUUCGCUAAGGCAUAUGAAAUAUUCUUCUUGAUGGCUACCUAUACUAUUCCGUUAUGUAUUCUAUGUUAUACAUACUCAUGUGUUGGCGUCCGUCUCUGGGGAAGAACAAUACCCGGAAACGCAGACAAGUCACGAGAUCAAAGUCAAGCCAAGGCUAAAAAGAAAGUAAGAGAACAGACAAAUAGAUACUAA